UUUUCUAAUGCAGGAAUCAGGAUGACAGCUGAACGGGGCGCAAAGGUACAGCAACGCAGUCCGUAACGUUACCGACAGUCGUCACACACUCCCGUUUUAAAAAGAAGUACCGACAGAUUUCGCAAAAGGACGCGUUUUGUACCAACUGGCGGAAGUGUUUGAGGUAAUUGGUGAACGGUAACCUUUAACCUUGCGGAUAUUUUUGUUCUUUUUCACCAAGAGAGAAAAAGAUCCGUGUCCGGAUGUGCCAGCAGUUACGUUAUUGGGUUUUUCGCACGGCGUAGGCACCUUUUCUACAAGCAGGAUAUUCUUGAUGUUUGGAGGGUCGGAGGAGGCCCUCGGGUCGACAACUUAUCCCGCUAACAUUAACUAUACCCCCAAAUCUCCCAAUUUGUGUGGAAAAUGAUCAACGAAAUGAUUGUGCAAUAGAGAGAAGGAAGCGUCGUAAAACGCCUUGACUAGCUACCUCGGUGUAGUGACUGUGGAGAGAGCAAGUCACCGGGAAUACGUUGUGUUUUGGUUUCCUGCUCUAAACCAUAAAAACGACGUUUGUUGAGCUCCAAUAAGGAAGACGAAAAGGGUAUUUGUGUUCUCAUCUUGUGUUGUGUGUGUGUGUGAACCCAUCCGAGGACCGGCAAAACCUUCACGAUGACGGGCAGCACCCCAGCGGACAUGAUAAACCUGCGGCUUAUUUUAGUCAGCGGAAAGACAAAAGAAUUCUUCUUCUCUCCCAAUGAAUCAGCGGCGGACAUUGCCAAACACGUCUAUGACAACUGGCCGAUGGACUGGGAGGAAGAGCAGGUCAGCAGUCCUAACAUCCUGAGGCUGAUCUACCAGGGCCGGUUUCUACAUGGCAACGUAACACUAGGAGCUCUCAAACUGCCCUUGGGGAAGACCACAGUGAUGCAUUUAGUUGCCAGAGAGACUUUGCCUGAGCCAAAUUCCCAAGGUCAGAGGAAUAGAGAGAAGACUGGGGAGAGUAACUGCUGUGUCAUUCUGUAAAUACACACCACCGCCACCUGCCCCCAUCCUUCUCUCCAUUCUCACCCUCAACAUCCUGGACCGAGUGAUCUUGUCCCCUGUCCUGGAGCCUGUCCACAUGCGAUAUGCAUAUGGCAAACACAUACUCUCGCUUUAUCUUUUUUUCCCCCUCUCUCACACAAAGAACAGAAGGCUCAGCUUGAUUCAGCACAGAGUUGGAGCAGAAUUUGAUUAAUGAUAGAGUUGAUUCCUUUGUGUACUUGAUUUGUUUGUCAUAACUGAAAAUUAGUGGAAGAACUGGAAUGCUUUGGGUAUUUUUCCUUAAUGCAUACCUUUUAAGCCUUCUGACACACACCACACACACACAC